CAGCUUCCUCUGUCACCAUGGUGCCGGCUCGGCUGGGCCCGGCGGUCGCUAUGGUAACUGGGGCGGGUCGCAGCGUCCUGGCGGGCUGGGCGCAUGCGCGCGGGGACUACAAGCUGCGCCGCGCGGCCGCUGGCCCCUCAGCUCCCCUCGACAUGGCGCUGAGGCGGCCGCCGCGACUCCGGCUCUGCGCUCGGCUGCCCGACUUCUUCCUGCUGCUGCUGUUCAGGGGCUGCCUGAUAGGGGCUGUAAAUCUCAAAUCCAGCAAUCGAACCCCAGUGGUACAGGAAUUUGAAAGUGUGGAACUGUCUUGCAUCAUUACAGAUUCGCAGACAAGUGACCCCAGGAUCGAAUGGAAGAAAAUUCAAGAUGACCAAACCACAUAUGUGUUUUUUGACAACAAAAUUCAGGGAGACUUGGCAGGUCGUGCAGAAAUACUGGGGAAGACAUCCCUGAAGAUCUGGAAUGUGACACGGAGAGACUCAGCCCUUUAUCGCUGUGAGGUCGUUGCUCGAAAUGACCGCAAGGAAAUUGAUGAGAUUGUGAUCGAGUUAACUGUGCAAGUGAAGCCAGUGACCCCCGUCUGUAGAGUGCCGAAGGCUGUACCAGUAGGCAAGAUGGCAACGCUGUACUGCCAGGAGAGUGAGGGCCACCCCCGGCCUCACUACAGCUGGUAUCGCAAUGAUGUGCCACUGCCCACGGAUUCCAGAGCCAAUCCCAGAUUUCGCAAUUCUUCUUUCCACUUAAACUCUGAAACAGGCACUCUGGUGUUCACUGCUGUUCACAAGGACGACUCUGGGCAGUACUACUGCAUUGCUUCCAAUGACGCAGGCUCAGCCAGGUGUGAGGAGCAGGAGAUGGAAGUCUAUGACCUGAACAUUGGUGGAAUUAUUGGGGGGAUUCUGGUUGUCCUUGCUGUACUGGCCCUGAUCACGUUGGGCAUCUGCUGUGCAUACAGACGUGGCUACUUCAUCAACAAUAAACAGGAUGGAGAAAGUUACAAGAACCCAGGGAAACCAGAUGGAGUCAACUACAUCCGCACUGACGAGGAGGGCGACUUCAGACACAAGUCAUCGUUUGUGAUCUGAGACCUGCAGUGUGCCUGAGCGCGCACAGAGUGCACGUGCACAUACCUCUACUAGAAACUCCUGUUGAGGCAGCGAGAGCUGAUGCACUUGGACAGAGCUAGACACUCAUUCAGAAGCUUUUUGUUUUGGCCAAAGUUGACCACUACUCUUCUUACUCUAACAAGCCACAUGAAUAAAAGAAUUUUCCUCAAGAUGGACCCAGUAAAUACGACCACAAGGAAGAGAAACUGGGUGCGUUCACCGAGUUGGGUUCCCAGUCUGUUUCUGGCCUGAUUCCCACACGAGCAUUAGGGUGAUCUUAAAGAGCUUGCUCACGUCGGUGCCCCUGUGCUGGGCCCUGUGAAGUCCGCGUGUUUACCACUGGUCGUUCAGCAGCCAGGACAGCACCCUGUGAGACGGCGAGGGGGCCGUGCAGCACCAGCAGCGCAUCCCGGCGGGCACCCAGAACAGGCUUCGUAUGCAGCAGCCUCUUCAUCGGCCCGCAGACACCACUGCAGCCUCUUCUCAAAGGCUCUGCUGAUCGGUGUCGCAGUGUCCACUGUGGAGAAGCCUUUCGGAUCCGCAUUUUGUAAAAACCACCGAAGUCAGGGAGGCAGAUUGGUUGCUGGAAGAGGGAUCUUGCCUGAGGAACCCUGCUUGUCCAACAGGGCAUCAGGAUUUAAGGAAAACCUUCGUCUUAGGCUGAGUCUGAAAUGGUACUGAAAUAUGCUUUUCUAUGGGUCUUAUUUUAUAAAAUUUUGCAUCUAAAUUUUUGCUAAGGAUGUAUUUUGAUUAUUGAAAAGAAAAUUUCUAUUUAAACUGUAAAUAUAUUGUCAUACAAUGUUAAAUAACCUAUUUUUUUAAAAAAAGUUCAGCUUAAGGUAGAAGUUCCAAGCUACUAGUGUUAAAUUGGAAAAUAUCAAUAAUUAAGAGUAUUUUACCCAAGGAAUCCUCAUGGAAGCUUCCUGCGACGCUCCUUUUCUUGCACAAGUUUUAGCCUUUCCCACAAGGGAACUUUUGCUGUCUACACGUCAGGCCGUAGUUGCUUAGGAAACCUUUAAAAAUUCCAGCUGAGCAAUGUUGAAAUCAGUUCGCAUCUCUUCAAAAGAAACCUCUCAGGUUAGCUCUGAACUGCCUCUUCCUGAGAUGACUAGGGCAGUCUGUACCCAGAGGCCACCCAGAAGUCCUCAGAUGUGCAGACAGACGCCAGUCAGCUCCUGGGGUUGCGCCAGGCACCCCCGCUCUAGCUCAGUUUUGCCUCGCUGUCUGCCAGGAGGCCCCGCCAUCAUUGGGCCCUGGCAGUGGCUGUGCCCCAGUGAACUUGACUCACAUGGCCCUUGCUUCAUCCAGCACAGCUCUAAGGUGGGCACUCCAGGGACACUGGUGUCUUCCACGUUGUGUCCCAGCUUUGGGCUCCCGUAACAGACCUUUUUGGUUAUGGAUGGCUCACAAAAUAGAGCCCCCCACUGCUAUUUUUUUUUUAAGUUUGUUUAAUUAUUUGUUAAGACUGUCUAAGGCCAAAGGCAAUUGUGAAAUCAAGUCUGUCAAGUACAAUAAUAUUUUUAAAAGAACAUGGAUCCCACUGUUCCUCUUUGCCACAGAGAAAGCACCCAGAUGCCACAGGUUCUGUCUCAUUUCAAAACAAACCAUUAUGGAGUGGCAGCCAGUCCAGCCUUUUGAAGAAUGUCAGGUGGAGCAGCCAGGUGAAAGGCCUGGCGGGGAGGAAAGUGAAAUGCCUGAAUCAAAAGCAGUUUUCUAAUUUUUGACUUUAAAAUUUUCAUCUGCCAGAGACACUGCUCCCAUUUGUGGGGGGACAUUAGAAACAUCACUCAGAAGCCUGUGUUCAAGAGCAGGUGUUCUCAGCCGCCUACGCCCUGCCAUGCUGGGCUCAGGACUGAAGUGCUCUAAAGCAAGGAGCUGCUCAGAAGGAGCUCCACUGUGUGCCUGAAGAGUGGCUCUCACUAGUCACCUUGUCUUUCAGCUUCCAGUGUCUUGAGUUUUUUAUACUUUGACAGCUUUUAAUUGCAUACAUGAGACUGUGUUGAAGUCUUUUUCAGUUAUGUGAAACACUCAGCUGCAGGCCGCCUGGCAGAGGCAGGAAAUGCUCCAAGAGUGGCUCAGUGCUCCCUGCUGUCUUCUGCAUGGCAUCCUGGAUACUGAGCGUGCGAGUUCCCGCCAUCAUUGCCACCUUGGUAGACAGGGAUGGCUCCCCACCCUCAGCGCUGGGGAAUGACGCUCCAGCCUCUUUCUUGGUUGUCAUAGUGAUAGGGUAGCCGUACUGCCCCCUCUUCUUAUACCCUAAAACCUUCCACACUAGUGCCAUGGGAACCAGGUCGGACAAAGUAGAGAAGUGAAAGUGGAGUCUGGGAAGUAGUUGCCUAUAACUGAGACUAGACAGAAAAGGAACACUCGUGUAUUUUAGGAUACGAAUAUGACUCAAGACUCGAGGCCGAUACGAGGCUGUGAUUCUGCCUUUGGAUGGAUGUUGCUGUACAUAGACAUUACAGACUUGUACUAACACACCUGUAAUUUGGUAUUUGUUUAACCUCAUUUAUAAAAGCUUCAAAAAAA